AUGGAGGAUGAGAAUGGUGGUACCACACCUGCUUGCCCCGUUGACAUCGAAACUCUCAAUGCCCUCAUGUAUAACCAGCUUCGGAAGGGUGAUGGAAGAACAGAUAUUCCCCUUCGUCCACCUCGCAUUCCUUCUGGUUUGGAUUCUAUCGCCAAGCUACUUGCAUCUCAAGCCAAUGGCGAUAUGGUAGCCACUGCUGUACAAAUUGACGAACCACACCAGGAAGUUAUUCUAUCUAUAUCUUCAAACAACUUGAUCCAAGUAGAGACACUGGGUUAUAUACGUCAUGUAUUUCUCCAACUUCAAAAAGUUGCUAUUGCACGCCAUAAACAUGAUAUACGGAUCCAGAAAAAGGACGGUUUAUAUCUGGGUUGUCUCAUACGGGCGAGGAGUAAAAAUGAGCUUACUCCUCUACAGAGUCAAAUCAGAAAUGUCCAUCGUGCUGUCUAUAUGUUCGCUUUUGAUAGUCUGAUACGGCGAAUUCUAAAACCAUUGGGUGCGGACUCGAGCGGCUUAGUGCAGCUCUAUAAGUGUACUCAGGAUGUUGUCACGGUGAUAACGUAUGCAACCAGGCCACUCCUGCUUACUAUACGGUGCCUUUUAAAAUGGGUAGCCCAAAAUGUCCUUCAGCGUGGGAAAGAGACCUUAAACAAUAGUCGGGUGUUGUCGUUGUUCCUCUGCGCUAUGCAUCUUCUGGUCGACGCCGUCAAACAGCUAUCGGAAAAUUAUUACAUGCGGCGGGAAUUGUCGUACAUUGGUCAAGAUACAGGUUUCGACAUAUAUGACUAUCUUAGAAACGUCAUUUCCAUUCCCCGCUCUAUUGAAAUCCUUGUUCGGUACGCUAGAUCCCGAAUAUACAGCUCCUUUUUUAUUGACAAAAGGCUACGGGUGAACAUCGUCCAAACACUGGAGCGCUCGUUCACCCUGCCGUCCACUUUAACCGCCUGGAACACCGUCGCUCAGAAAGCAUCUCAUGUUGCGAACAUCCCAAUACCCAGAUCUAUGAGGCUCUCUGGCAGUGUUGAUUCUAGAAUCGGCUCCAGGAAAUCUGAGGUCAAGCAUCGCAUUCACCCCGAAUGUGCCAUUGCUCUCCAUUUUCUUCUCAAUCGAAUCCAGAACAGGGGUAUUAUGAAUACCAACACCAUUCGGAAUUCCUCCCGCCAAAAAUACAUACCUCCCGUCAGUUUCAUUGGGACUAGCACCCACGUCUGCAAUAUGUGUUUCUACUUUUUAGAGAGCUUGAUACCUGCCACUAGAGUUAUUUUCCGGGUGACUAGAUCGCGGAUGGAUAUAUUUCCAUGGGGUUUCCCUGUUGUGUCGGAGGAGGGAAAGGAUUUUGAAGGGAUCAUAAUGACGGCCAAGGAAAAGAGUAGGGUGGAUAGGAUGAAGGAUCGUAUUGCGGAGGAAAUGUUUAGGAGGGUAAGCAGGGAUUAUAUGUCUAUAUUGGUCUUAAAGGACGAAAGGGGGCAUGGUGCGGGAGGGGGAAAGAGGAAGAGAGAAGAUGACGAGGAGAGUGGACGGGAAGGGGAUCGUGUAAAGAGAGGGAGAGAGGGAGAGGGGUCGGCCUAA